UGAUGAUAAGUCACAUCUACCAGUGUUCAGGUUUAUUUCUCUAGCCUAGGGAUAAGAGGAGCGCGGAUGGAUAUGCAAAUGCCUUUUUUGGGAAAAAAGUAGUCCCAUGGUAACUUCAGUGCGGAAAAGUUUGCAGGUUCUUGCAGAAGGCAAUAGCUGUAGCCUUGGUUUGGGGUGGCCACUUCAGUGUCUGGCUGCAUCUUCUGCCUCCUCGCCCUUGGCUACCCCACAUAUAAUAUAACCCACAGCCCGGCAUUUCAACUGGAGCCGGUGUUGAGUUUUACAGACAGUUGGAGGAAUGAGGUUGGGACAUUUGCAGAGUUUACCCAGUCUUGCUGUCCUAACCCUGCUGCUGGCGCACUGGGUGCAGAAUGUGCAGUCUGCGAAUUGUCAAGGCUGUUCGACAGGAUCAAAAUGUGACUGCAGCGGUGUUAAAGGGGAAAAGGGUGAACGGGGACUCAUAGGGCUAGAAGGGCAGAGUGGAUUACCUGGUUUUCCAGGACCUGAAGGACCGCCAGGAACUCGUGGCCCCAAGGGUGAUGAUGGACAGCCAGGACCGUUUGGGCCAAAAGGAAUACGUGGACCUCCAGGGCUUCCAGGAUUUCCAGGCACACCUGGACUGCCCGGCUUAAAUGGUCAGGAUGGUGCACCGGGACCUGCUGGUAUUCCAGGUUGCAAUGGGACAAAGGGAGACCGUGGAUUUUCAGGAAGCUCUGGCUUUCCAGGUACACCAGGACCCCCGGGACCUCCUGGAUUGCCAGGUUUGAAGGGGGAGCCAGGAGAACUUAUUCCUCUCUCACAGCAAGGACAAAAAGGUGACUCAGGACGGCCAGGUGUUCCAGGUUUACCCGGACCUGUUGGUCCUCAAGGUACUCAAGGCCUUGCUGGACGUCCAGGAACUCCCGGAUUGCCGGGACCACCAGGGCAACCUGGAUUACCAGGAGGCAAGGGUAACAUGGGCUUAAACUUUCAAGGACCGAAAGGAGAAAAGGGUGAAACUGGUCUGCAGGGGCCUCCAGGACCACCAGGUCAAUCAGGGGAGCAAAGUAAACCAUCGGAUGUUGAGAUUCAGAAAGGGGAAAAAGGUGAUCCAGGGGUCUGUGGGUAUCCUGGGGUGCCUGGUCCAAAGGGUUCUCCAGGUCCUCCAGGAGGGGAAAAGGGUGAAAAAGGUGAACCCGGUGAAGCAGGAAAAAGAGGAAAACCUGGUAAAGAUGGCGAGUCUGGGCUACCUGGUUCUGAAGGUUCUAAAGGUGACUUAGGUUUUCCUGGACCUCCAGGCAGAGAUGGGGAGAGAGGCCAAAAAGGCGAUCGUGGCUUCCCUGGACCACCUGGCGAUGUGAUAACAAGACCAGGCACAGGUGGAGUUGGACCAAAAGGUAACACAGGACCCCCUGGACUAACUGGCCUAAAAGGAGAAAGAGGAUUCCCAGGUCUUCAAGGCCCACCUGGCCUUCCAGGAUCUCCAGGUACUUCUAGCAUUGGAGCUCCAGGUGAACCAGGUUUACCAGGAGAAUCUGGAUCGAAAGGUGAUGAAGGUCUUCCAGGAUUAUCUAUACCCGGACAGCCUGGACUUGAAGGAAGGCCAGGACCUCCUGGUCCCCAAGGACCACCUGGACCACCGGGUGGAUCUUCUGGCAUUGGAGAAAUAUGCCAGAGAGGGCCAAGUGGUCUACCAGGACUUCCUGGAGAACAAGGAUUUCAAGGAGAAAGAGGACAAAAAGGUGAUAAGGGAGAUACCUGUUACAACUGUAUAGGAAAUGAUAUCCUUGGAUUACCAGGAGAUCCCGGCCCUCCUGGCCUCUCUGGGAAUCCAGGAUCACCAGGAUUUCCUGGGCAAAAAGGUGAUCCCGGACUUCCUGGCCUUUUGGGUCCCCCUGGACCAGCAGGAUUUCCAGGUAACCCUGGUAGCUCUGGCCGCCCAGGACAGAAAGGAGAACCAGGUGAUGUUAUUGCACUUCCUGGACUAAAAGGAGAGAAAGGUGACCCUGGAUUCCCAGGUCCUUCAGGAACCCCUGGAUUAGAUGGAAUUCCAGGAAGAGAUGGGACACCAGGAAUACCUGGGGCCAAGGGAGAAUCGAGUGGUUUUGCCUCGAAAGGUGAAAGGGGUCAACCAGGUGAAUCAGGGCUUCCUGGUCUUCCUGGAGACAGAGGUCCAAUGGGUCCCCCUGGCUUCGGCCCAUCUGGCCCAACAGGUGAAAAAGGUGUGCAAGGAGUCUCUGGUCGCCCAGGGGCACCAGGAGUGCCAGGCCCUAAAGGAUCUGCAGGACAAACUGUGACAGAACCAGGACUUCCUGGUCCUCCAGGAGCCCCAGGAAUCCCAGGCGACACAGGAGCUCCAGGUGAGCCUGGUAAUUCUGGUCAACCUGGAAUUCCAGGUCGUCAAGGGCCAAAAGGAGACCCAGGCAUUCCAGGCAUUGGACUUCCCGGACCAGCUGGUCCUAAAGGGUUUCCAGGAAACCCAGGACCUCCAGGGCCACCAGGGCAAUCUGGAAGACCUGGUCAAGAUGGAAUCCCUGGCCAGUCUGGUUUACCUGGUGCUAAGGGUGAUCCUGGGUUUGGAUUACCUGGCCUUCCAGGCUCUCCGGGAUCCCCCGGACAGAAAGGAUCACUGGGACUCAAAGGAGACCCUGGCUUCCCUGGGAAUCCAGGCCUUCCUGGACGAACGGGAUUUGAUGGUGUUCCAGGACCAAAAGGUGACCCUGGUCAAAAUGGAUUGCCUGGAGCCCCUGGACAACCCGGUUCUCCUGGUAUUGGUGGUCAGGGCCCUCCUGGCCAGCCAGGUCUUCCUGGACCAGCCGGACCACCUGGGUCACCAGGCGUUCAAGGUGACAAGGGAGACCCAGGUCCUCCAGGGUUUGAUGUUCCUGGGCCACCAGGAGAUCGCGGUAGUCCUGGUUUUCCGGGAGAACGUGGUUUUUCAGGUCCUCCAGGGCCCCCAGGUUCUCAGGGUCGUGAUGGAAUACCAGGCUCAUCAGGCCCUAAAGGUGAAAUGGGAGUAAUGGGAUCGCCAGGACCUAUUGGACCACCUGGUACUCCUGGAAACCCAGGCUUCUCUGGUCCUAAAGGUAACGAUGGAUUCCCUGGACAGCCUGGCCCUAGAGGAGAGCCAGGAUUUAAAGGGGAAAAGGGUAAUACCGGACUACAAGGUCCUCCUGGAAGAAUUGAUAUAGGAUCACUUGGUGCAAAAGGAAUUAAAGGAGAACCAGGGUUAUCAGGUCCACCAGGAUUAAAUGGAGAGAAAGGCUAUAGCGGGUUACCUGGUAAUCCAGGACCACCAGGCCCAGGUGGACUUCCAGGAUCUCCAGGACAAGCAGGACCUAAAGGAGAUCCUGGGUUUCCUGGACAGUCCGGUCUUGAUGGCUCUCCAGGACCAAAAGGCAGUAUGGGAGAGAUGGGAUUUCCUGGACCAUCUGGUGCUAAAGGUUCUUCUGGUCAACCAGGACGUCCUGGCUCACCAGGAUCUUCUGGAUUUUCUGGACUGAAAGGUGAAAAAGGAGAACCUGGAAUUUCAGGUGCUGGUCAACCAGGUUUACCUGGACAAAAGGGAGAGCCAGGACCAGGUGGAUUCCCAGGACUUCCUGGCAAUAAAGGGUCAUCAGGAAAUCCAGGGCUGCCAGGGUUACCAGGUGUUCCAGGAACUAAAGGAGAUCCAGGUCUGCCUGGUUUCUCAGGAAGUCCUGGUCUUCCUGGACCAAAGGGCAAUGAUGGUCCACCUGGAAAUUCUGGCGGUCCCGGCUCUCCAGGCACACGAGGGGAUGCAGGUCGACCUGGGCCACCCGGGCCUCCAGGUGAGAAGGGCCAACCAGGGCAGGAUGGAAUCCCUGGGCCUGCUGGAUUAAAGGGAGAACCAGGUUUACCAGGCUUUGGGUCCCCAGGGUUGCCAGGAAUUCCAGGAUCCCCAGGUUCAAAAGGUGAUGCUGGGUACCCUGGUUCCCCAGGAAAUCCUGGACUUCAAGGGUUGAAAGGAGAUCAAGGAUUUCCAGGAGUGCCUGGUUUACAGGGGCCACAAGGACAAUCCGGUCCACCAGGACCACGUGUGGAGGGACCUAAAGGAAAUCCUGGACCUGUAGGUCCUCCGGGAAGAUCAGGUUUGCCAGGCCCAGAAGGUCAACGUGGGCUGCCUGGAAAUGGUGGCUUUAAAGGAGAGAAAGGAAAUUCCGGACUCCCUGGUGCAACUGGAUUCCCAGGAGCUAAAGGAGAGGCAGGAACACCUGGAUUCCCAGGUGAACCUGGACGUCCAGGCCUCAAUGGAAUGAAAGGAGAUCAAGGCGUACCAGGUGUACCAGGAUUCCCAGGUAUGAAAGGGCCCAGUGGGCCGCCAGGUUUGGGUGGUACUCGUGGUGAUUCCGGCAACCCAGGACUUCAAGGUUUGCCUGGACCUCCUGGUCCAAAGGGUGAAAUCCGUGUUGUUAAAGGAGCUCCAGGUUUACCAGGGCCUCCAGGUCGCCAAGGAAAUAAUGGACCUCCUGGACCACCAGGACCACCAGGAUUACCAGGUGCGCUUGGGCCUCCUGGGGAUUCUGGCAGAGAUGGAUUGCCUGGUUUUGAAGGUCAAAUGGGACGCAAAGGAGAUAGAGGUCUACCAGGUCAAUCAGGAUCCAGAGGAAACCAAGGUCUGCCAGGCCCAGAUGGUUUACAGGGUCCCCCAGGCCCCCCAGGUUCAGGCUCUGUAGCCCAUGGCUUCCUUAUAACCAGACACAGUCAGUCCACAGACUCACCAGCGUGUCCGCAGGGAACCUCCAGGAUCUACGAUGGAUUCUCUCUUUUGUAUGUUCAAGGAAAUCAAAGGGCUCAUGGACAGGAUUUAGGUACUGCUGGAAGCUGUCUCCGCCGUUUUAGCACUAUGCCUUUUAUGUUCUGCAACAUCAAUAAUGUGUGUAACUUUGCUUCAAGAAACGAUUAUUCCUACUGGCUGUCUACACCUGAGCCAAUGCCAAUGAACAUGGAGCCAUUAAGAGGGAGGGAGAUUCAGCCUUUCAUUAGUCGGUGCUCUGUUUGUGAAGCUCCAGCCAUGGUAAUUGCUAUUCAUAGUCAAACCAUUCAGAUACCGCAAUGUCCUCAGGGGUGGUCCUCACUCUGGAUUGGUUACUCCUUCAUGAUGCACACAAGUGCAGGUGCUGAAGGAUCCGGUCAAGCGCUUGCCUCUCCCGGGUCAUGCUUAGAAGAAUUCCGCUCUGCUCCUUUCAUUGAAUGUCAUGGCCGUGGUACCUGCAACUAUUAUGCCAAUUCGUACAGUUUCUGGCUGGCCACUGUGGAACUUUCUGAAAUGUUUAGUAAACCUCAAUCUGAAACACUUAAAGCUGGUGAUUUACGGACACGCGUCAGUCGAUGCCAAGUAUGUAUGAAGAGGACGUAACACAUUGGUGAACUGGCUAACUGUGGAAGAAUUAUUAGGUUUGAGUUGUCCUUUUCUGUGACAAUGGUGCUACUGUGUAGAUAAAAAAAACAUGAGAACCAGAAACUGAAACAAAUUCAAAUGUACCUCACCAAAAGUGCCAUAUUAAGGAUUGUCUGGUGCAUUUUGACAAAUGGACUGAGAAAAAGAUUAACCUCUUACUUCUAAGAGAGAAACCUAAGCUUACACAAGGAUCAAAUGAAGUUUUUUUCCCAGUACCAAAAUGGCACUUUUUUUUUUUCAUCUACUACAAGAAGAAACGCACUGAGUAUGUUUAAUAUAAUAAGGCUGCAGUUUUGGAAAAAAACACAUUUUUCAUGGUGCUACUAACCCUUCUGUAUCCCUGGUUUCUAAAUAUAAAUUGUUAAGCUUAUUUCUCUUUGUAAGUAAUGAAAUGUGUAUAUUGUGUAAACACUUUUUUUAGUUUAAACAUAAAAUCAUCUAGAAAAAAUAUAAGCAUAAAAAACACUCCUUCAGAUCACAACGAUAUACAGUUUAGUAUUCAUAAUAUAUACAGCAGUAUUUUCUAUGUAUUUUAUGGCAGAGUUAUUGUUAUUCUUGCAUCAGAUUACUACUGAUUUCAUAGUUUGUGUUUUUCCCUUAGAAUAAAUUUGGACAUUAUUUUGGCAAUGUUUCAUAACGUUGGUUUGUAGCCAUCUGAUCAAGAUUGUACUGUUUUAUAAAACUGCCAUGCUAUAUCCCUUGUUUAAUUGUUCAUCCUGAUCUUUGGAUGUUUUAUAAAGUUUUGUUUUUGUACUCUGAACACUUAAAAUAAUUAGCCAUAUUCUUUAUAAUGAUUUCAUUCAAACACACAUACUGUAUAGAAUUUGCUAGUUUAACCUGUGGAUAAACAAACAAAAACAAUAUCAAAAUAAAGUCAUAUCAGGAAUUACCAAAGUAUUUACGAUUUACACAUAUAAAAGUAUUGUCCUGUAUAUUACUGAAACUAGCGUGACUGAAAUAAAGAGAGAUUGGCUAUA